CAACAAUGGCUGCCUGCCGACUUUGCAUUUUUCUUUCUGUCCAAUUUUAAAGCAUUCAACACUUACUAUUGUCCGCCUGUGUGUUACAAAAUUGACCGAGAUGGAUAGACGACUUAGUAAUUGUGUCGUAUAGGCAGUAAGGAAGCUCCCGAGCCUGCUUUUGGUGGUCAAAAUGAGCGACGUAGUGGAGAAAACCCUGACAGCCCUGCCGAGCCUCCUGUCUUUGGAUUCUCAACCGGGGGCUUCGAAGCUGUCUUCCACCUCGAAACUGGGAAACCUCAUCAGAGCAAUUACAGAAUUAACGUCCAAGCAUGAUGAAGAGAAACUGAUUCAACAAGAACUGACGGCUAUAAAGGAUCAAGCAUCAUCCCCCAACACAUCCAUGAGACAGAUGAAGGAGAUCAUGGUGCGAGCCAUCUACUGUGAAAUGUUGGGGUACGAGGCUUCCUUCUGCUAUAUUCAUGCCAUCAAGUUGGCCCAGCAAGGAACAGGAUUGGAGAAGAGAGUUGGGUACCUCGCUGUAGCUUUGUUCCUGAAUGAAAGUCACGAGCUCCUUCUACUUCUUGUAAAUACUGUUUUAAAGGAUCUCCAGAGCACAAACCUCAUUGAAGUGUGCAUGGCUCUAACUAUUGUCAGCCAAUUAUUCCCCAGAGAUAUGAUUCCUGCAAUUCUUCCUCUUGUGGAAGAGAAGCUCACUCACCCCAAAGAAAUAAUUCGACGAAAAGCAGUCCUGGCACUUUACAAAUUUUACCUGAUCGCACCCAAUCAAGUUCAACACAUCCACAACAAGUUUCGCAAAGCUUUGUGCGAUAAGGAUCCAGGUGUUAUGACAGCGUCGUUGCACAUCUACUUACAGAUGAUCAAAGAGAACCCAGAAGGUUACAAAGACUUGACUGGCAGUUUUGUCACCAUAUUGAAACAGGUGGUGGGUGGAAAAUUGCCAAUGGAUUAUAACUAUCAUAGUGUUCCGGCUCCCUGGCUUCAAAUUCAGCUUCUUAGAAUUUUGUCUUUUCUUGGCAAAAGUGACAAGAGUGCAAGUGGCAUUAUGUACGAAGUCCUUGAAGAGUCUCUACGAAAAGCGGAGAUGAACCAUAAUAUCACUUACGCAAUUUUGUAUGAGUGUGUGAAGUGUAUUUACACAAUUCACCCAAAAGGUGAACUGUUGGAAAAGGCCGCAAAAUGUAUUGGCAACUUCAUUCUGUCGCCAAAGAUUAACCUAAAGUAUAUAGGCUUGAAAGCUCUCACCUACGUGGUCCAGCAGGAUCCUAAAAUGGCCUUGCAGCAUCAGAUGACCAUCAUAGAAUGCUUAGAUCAUCCUGACCUCAUCAUCAAACGUGAGACAUUGGAAUUGCUUUUUAGGAUCACCAACGGCAAGAACGUCACUGUCAUUGUGGAGAAAAUGCUGGAAUUCUUGCGCACCAGUAAAGAUGACUACACCACUAUUGACCUGGUGGGGAAGGUGGCAGAAGUGGCUGAAAAAUAUGCACCUGACAACAAGUGGUUCAUUGACACAAUGAACUCUGUGUUUUCACUGAGUGGAGACUUGAUGCAACCAGACAUCCCUAACAACUUCCUCAAACGGAUUACAGAAGGAUUUGAAGGUGGGGAACAUGACAGGAUGUUGAGGCUUUUUGCAGUGGAUUCCUAUGUGUCUCUGCUUCAAGAAGAACCUAGUAAGCUGCCUCAGCGCUUCCUUCAAGUUAUCAGCUGGGUGCUCGGUGAAUAUUCUCAUUUAAGAGAAGAUCUGGAACCGGCCACUGUUGUGAAACUUCUGGCCAAGCUUUUGGACUUGAAGCAAGCCAGCAGUGAAACCAAGAGCUGGGUCCUCUCGGCGAUGACAAAACUCUGCGAGGGCGAGGCGAGUACCUCUUUGCUACAGGAGAUUUCUGAAACGUUGAGCUGCUCCAUGGACACAGUGCUGAGACAAAGGGCUCAGGAACUGCAGAACCUUCAAUUAAAUCCUGAGUUGCGGGCCAAAGUGCUACCUCGAAAUGUCUGUGCAGAACCUCUGGAGGUUGAUUCCUCACUAUCAUUUUUGGAUGAAUAUGUGUCGGAAGCGUUGGCUGCUGGCGCUGCUCCUUACAAGUCACCCCAUCAACGUCAUGAAGAGCUCACUCAGGGAAAAGCUUUAAGCCUGGAUCCCUACAGCCUUCCGCUACCUAUCAGCAUGUCGUCGUGCAGUUUAGACGACAGACAGUCUCCCACCUUACCCUCAGUCAGCUCUGGUCUGUCGGGUGACAGUAAUGACCCUUCACAUAAAGCAGGUACCACAACUCUGAAGCUGGAUAAAGUGAAGCGAGUGUGGGGGAGGGAAGGUUACCUAGCCCAGAAGGAGGCAGCAGAAGAACCUGCCAAGGUUGAAGUGCCCAGUCCGGUCCAUUCAACUGGCCAGAUCGCCAUCUCGCAGAACCAGAACCAGGCGCCAGUUGCUGAUCAAGAGAAACAGCAACUGGCAUCUUCACUGUUUGUUGGCCUGGGCGCCCAAACUUCUUUGUCCUUGAUGGGAAAAUCUGAAGAAAAAUCCAAUUUUUUCAGGAAAAAGGCUAAAAAUAAGGUUUUGUCCUUACAACCUAGCCAGCAAACAUCCAACUCCAGCAUUCCUAUUCCUAACAGCAUAGAUAACCUGCUGUGUAACGACCCAAUGGAGGCCAAUGUGCACCCAGAACCGCCCUUACCUUCGCCCAAACAGACCUGUGAUGCUGCGGGCGGGCCUACUGACAAUAGUUUAAUUUCUGCUAGUUCAGAUGAAACAGAAGAACCUGUCAGAAUACAAGACUCAUCUCUUACCUCUCAUCUCCCUGCUGACUACAUUGGAGUAACGCACUCCGAGAUCACUUCUUUGUGUUCCUGCCACGGUGUGGAUCUCGCCGCCUGCCACGUGAACAAAGACGACUGUUUGGUGCUGGUUCUUUUUAUUUCUAACUCCUCUGACUCGGAUGUACAACAGUUACAAGUGCAGGUGGCCUCAGAGGAUGUUGAGGUGUCCUAUGUCUCUGAGUGCCCAGUAGAGGAGUUGAGGUGCCACCAAGUACAAGUAUGUCAGUACUCCCUGACUGUCAAGAGGCCUUCAGUUCAUCUUCAAGUGGCCGGUCAACUUUCUUUCAACAUGCCUGAUAGGAAUCCUCACACAACCAAUUUCUCAUACAAACUGCCGCUUCCCUCAUUCAUCAGGCCUUUAGCGCUGUCCACAGAGGAGUACGGCAAAAUGUGGCUGGCCUUCUCAAAUGAUACACAGCAGAACUUGACGCUCGUUGCUGACGUCCAGGAUCCUCUAAAAGUGACACUGGAUGUGCUGGAGAGGAAACUUAACCUUCAUGUGGUGGCCGUCAUAGGGACGGAGGGAAUCAUAGCUUGUCGGGUCCUCCCGAAUCAGCCGUGUUUGAUGCACUGCCGAGUGCACGGCGAGUCGUUGGCCGUAUGGUUGCGCUCUUCAGUCCAAGACUUGCCAGACUGCCUACUCUACCACUGUCAGAGAGCCCUACAGGAACUCUGAGCACUGAUGUCGUUGAGCUGCAUCAGCUCACCAGAAGAAAACAGUAACUAAGAAGAGAAAGGCUGUAUCUGCAUUACUAUGACUAUCACAUCCGCUGUUAAUUGACUGGAUGCAACAUGAGGUGAAAAAUAUACAAUUAAUGGAAUUGUUUGAAUUCUAAUAUACAGGGGUUGGACAAAAUGACGGAAACACCUAACAUUUUGGCAUCAUAGUCAUUGAGCAUAGUUGUCAAAGAAUGGCAUGAGGAACAGUUGAGCAGCUUGUAUGGUCGGCACAAUCCCCAGACCUCAACAUUAUUGAGCAUUUAUGGUCAGUUUUAGAAAUUCAUUUAAGAUGUUGAUUUCCACUGCCAUCGUCCCAAAAAGAGAGGGUAUUCUAACUGAAGAAUGGCUUAAAAUUCCUUUGGAAACUAUUUAAAAGUUGAAUGAAUCAACACCUCCGAGAAUUGAGGCUGUAAUUGCCGCAAAAGGCAGACCAACACCAUUUAAAAUAUUUUUUUAAAUGAUUUUUUAGGGUGUUUUCAUUAUUUUGUCCAGCCCCUGUAGAUGUACAGUAUGUACACAAGGGGAAAAUUAUUGACACAGUCCUAAACAUGUUGCAGACUAUGAAAGGCUGUGGUCAACAUAAAAAUCUUCUCUUUUUUUUUUUUUUGUCCGUAAAUCUUCCAUUUAAAUUGGAGAUAACAAGGGCGUAGGUUUGGUCUCAACAUUGGUAUGGACGAAAUAACAGCAUAACCUGCACUUACACUUUUUGCCGGGGACGGGACAUUAAUAAGACCAAACCGAUUGGGUGAACGGGGGCCAGGGCUACAUUUCUCAUGAAUAUGAACCAAAUUAAAUGAUAAGCUAAAUGAUUAAUGCAAAAUAAAUCUGUAUUAACCUAUUUCACGUGUAGUGGUUCAGGUGAUUCUAUUAAAACUUUUGUUUUCAAAAUCUACUAAAUAAAUAUUUUGAAAACUUCCAGAAUAAAUGUCUGGAUUUUAUUAGCACAUUGAAAUUGCAGUAUUUUAAUAUAACUUCAAUUAUAUUUACAUACACAAUAAAAACAAACUUGUUCAUAGUAACUAUCCAAGAAUGCAAAAAAUAAACAUUUGUAUUAAAUACCACUCAACAUUGUCUGUAACUGAAAAAAAAAAAUUCUUAGAGUACAGUCAAAAAUUAGGACCCCCUUUGGAAGCAUGUGUGUUUUCUAACAUAUUUGGUCCGUUGGAUAUUUAAUAUGAAUUUUAACAAUCUUGAUGGAUUCAAGUAUUAGAACUAAACAAUUAAAAUUGAAAAAAAAAAAUUUUUUUUUAUAACUUUCUGUAAAAUGUAAUUUUAAAUAAAUGCAAUUUCUGUUGAGGAUUAAAUUAGGACACCCCUACAUUCAAUCCCACUUAAAAUGCCUAAACUCACAAACUAUCACAUCAGGUGUACAUAAUUAGACAUCAUUACCCAGUGUUUUGAAGGAGGCCUGCCUUAUUUAAACCUCACAUUAAGUUUGGUGUGCCCCUGACUGUUGAAGUGAGAGAAAACACCAUGGUGAGAUCAAAGGAGCUGCCUCAGGCCUUCAGAAAGAAGACUGUAGACACUUAUGAGUCUGAUGAGGGAUUUCAAAACAUCUCAAAAGAAUAUAGAAUCAGCCAUUCCACUGUCCGGAAAAUAGUCUACAAAUGGCGGACAUUCAAAACAAUUGCCAACAUGCCAAGGUCUGGCCGUCCAUGCAAGUUCACCCCGAGAGCAGACGGCAAGAUGCUAAAAGAAGUUUUAAAAAAAAAAAAAAACUAAAAUGUCAUGUCGGGACCUACAGCAGGCUCUUGAUACUGUUGUUGUGAAAGUGCAUGCCUCUACAAUCAGAAAGAGACUUCACAAGUUUAACCUUCAUGGGAGGUGUGCAAGGAGGAAACCUUUGCUCCCCAAGAAGAACAUGAAGGCCAGAUUGAAGUUUGUUUGAGUGAAUGUAGACAAAGACCAGAACUUCUGGAAUAAUGUUCUUUGGACAAAUGAAUCUAAAAUGGAAUUAUUUGGACACCCGAACAGAGGACAUGUUUAGCGUAAACCCAAUAGAGCAUUCCAGGAAAAGAACCUCAUACCAACUGUGAAGCAUGGAGGUGGAAGUGUCAUGGUUUGGGGAUGCUUUUCUACAGCUCACCAUCACAGAAUCCACCAUGAAUUCUAUCGUGUAUCAGAGAGUGCUUGUGGAACAUGUGAGAUCAAUCUGUGAAAAAAAUAAAGGUGAAGCGAAACUGGACCCGGCAAAAUGACACUGACCCAAAACAUACCAGUAGAUCCGCAAGGACUUGCUGAAAAAGAAGAAAUGGAGAGUCCUGGAAAAAGCCCAGAUCUUAAUCCCAUUGGGAUGCUGUAUGGUGACUUGAAAUGGGCUGUACAUGCAAGAAACCCAUCAAACAUUUCACAGCUGAAAGUAUUCUGUGUUGAGGAGUAGGGCAAACCUUCCUCAGACCAAUGUCAAAGACAGAUAGAUGGCUACAAAAAGCGUCUCCCUGAAGUUAUUUCAGCCAAAGGGGGUAACACUAGCUAUUAUGUGGUAGGGUGUCCUAACUUUUUCCUCAGUUAGAAAAUGCAACUUUGUUGACAUAUUUGGUUCAAUGAGUAAAACAAUUUCAAUUUUUGUUGUUUACCUGCAAUUAAAUCACUUUCUUUUCCAGAGAUAAAGAAAAGCAAGAUCAGACAUUGAUAUGUGAACAUUUCUUAAUAAAGAACUGAAUAUUUCAUGGGGUGUCCUAGAAUUUCCACAGGACUGUAUAACAAAAAUGGAGCCUUCCUUCAGGUAAAACAUGACUGCUUUGGUCCACAAGCACAGCUAAAUUCAACAAAAAAUGAAAACUUUUUGCCUCAACUAUGAUUGAUAUGACUGUCUGAAAAGAUGUAUGUAUAGGCGGCAAAUAAAAAUAAUUUUAAAUAAUGUAGAAAAUAAAUAAAUUCAUUUUAAAUACAAGUUAUCAGCUAAUCAAUCGUGCGUUUGAGGGGGGAAAUUCACAUUCAGCAAGUGAAAAGGGCUAAAUGUAAGUCAGCGUAAUGGAAACAAUUCACUUAAUAAUGGUCGGGUCAAUUCUAUCCUUACAACAUAUGGGAAGACAAUCUAAAUUACCUAUAUAACUGAACUCAUCAUUUAUGCAUAUAAGGUUACUUAGUAGUUGGUGGGGACAAUUUGAGCACCCUGAAAAGUUGGUAGUAUGAUGUCCCGACCGUCCCUAUGCAAACCUAUGCCCUUGGAAGAUAAGAAUUCAGAUUCUGUGAAAAAUUGAUGCCUUGCAUUAAAUCUGGAUCCAAAUAAUUGAACUAUCAAGAUGAAACAUGCUGUAAAAUGAUUAAUCUAUCAAAAACACUUAUACAGAUUUCUGCUGUAUUGGGAGAUCUUCAGUCCCAAAUUACUGAUAUUAACCGCAUUUAUACAAAUUUAUUGCAGUAUUUGAAGGACACUUUGUUCAGUUCAUUGAAUUGAAAAUAUUACUGCUGAAGUAGUAGAUGCAGGAAAAAAACAAUUCAAAUUAAGUUGACGGGAUUUGUCUGGUUAAAAUUAAUGGUGAACAUAACGUCUAUUCAUGUCAUGUGACAUCUUGCUUUAAUCUAUGCACUCACCUUUCUGGUUUUGGUGAUCAGUGGUUGUUAGCAAAUAUAUAUUUUUGUAUUCCGCAGUAUUGAGGAAACAGUUGUUUGGUUUAUUUUCACAUGGAAAGUAUUUUAUAUUAGUUUAUUUAUAAUAAAAUAAUGCUGUUAGUUUGCGCUGUGUCAGAUUAUGUCACCAUUUUGAAAUUAAGUUUGAGGAAAAAGGUUUUUUUGUUUUUUUAACAAAUGUUUUCUUUGAAGCAUUAUUGAGAGUCUUAAACGUAAAUCCAAUGCCUUAUUUUCUAUAGCCAAGGUGGCAUGUUUAGUUUGUGCCUGUGGUACAGAUGCUAAUAGUUCAGAUCGCAGAGUGCCUAAUGCGCAUAAUAUACUAACUUCAAUAAAUUCAUAAAGUCCAA